AGUUCGUGCAGACGACAGUAGGCAACAUUCCAAAAUAACAAACCGGCGCGUGUUUCUGUGUUUUGUAUCGUCUUGAAGUUGAAUUAUUAUUUUCUUGUUAUUUUUAUAGUUGACGUACGUUGAAGACGGAUUUCUUGCAUUCAGUCCAUUCAGUAUAGUUCCCUUAUUGAUACAGUAGAUAUUUGUGCAAAAGUUAACGCUGGCAUUGCCUGUGCAGCGCCUUGUAACUUAUGGUGAAGGCCAAGGGCAAGAUGCUGCAGCUGUGGGAGAUCAAGAUGCUUCGCUCAGUCCUAUAACACAUCAGCAUUGAUCUGAUCUUUUGCAAUGAAAUGCGGGCAAAAUCGCCUCUGCCCAUUGCAUGAUUCAUUGCAGCAUCAGUACUCCAACUAAUUAGGUAAAGAUGUCGGUGUACUUUGACCGCUACAUCGACGAUCAGCAGUUGGGAGUGCUCAAGGUGGGCCUGGAGUGGCACCGAGUAGCACCACUGGUGGCUGUCAGCUGGUACUCGGAACAGCAGGGUGGCGGGGUCAGCAUCUACAAUGAUGAGGGUGACCAGGUUCCGGGCCUGACUGUGCCGCCCUCCAACACCCAGGUCACGUCUAUCGUGUGGCACCCCAUCAAGAAAGUGCUGCUUCUGGGAUGGGAGACAGGAGUGUUACAAACCUGGAACGAGCAGGAUAAGUCUCUGACGGACAUUCAGAGCCUGCACAAGAGUCCGGUGACGAUCGCAGUCUGGAGCGCCGCCGGCGGACGCCUCAUCACCGCCGACACGUCGGGUACGCUGGUCGGAUGGAAGGGCGACGGUCAGUGCAACGUCACAGUGGUGUUCCAGCACGACCUGAAGGACCCGCUGACCCAGCUGGUGUUCAGGGCCGUGGAGGAGCACCGGCAGCAGCCCAGCGUUGACCUCGGUGGCCUGGCGCGCGCGGCCGUUAGCGGCGAUGAGGUCGCGCUGGACAUGUUCAGCUCGUGGCGGCCCAAGACUUCGUCCACCCGGUUCCUGGUCGCCAGACAGGAGAACCUCAAUGUCUUCGUCGGCUCGGCUUCCGGCGUCAUCUACUACAUCACCGAGUCGGGCAGCUGCAUGGAGGUGCUGCAGGCGGACGGCUCCAUCCGCUUCCUGCUCUACUACGACGCCAAGGAGGAGCUGGUCGUGGUGACGGAUACCAUGGUACUCGGAGAGUUCCAGGUCGAGUACGACGGAACACUCUCCGAAAUAACGAAGGUGAAACUGUCGGGCCGCAGUCAGGACAUGCAGCUCAGCUGGGCUGGUAAAGGUAUCCUGGCAGUGGCCACUGGCGAGCCCCACAUCCGUCUCUGGGACCUGGACAGGGGGGACAACUACGCGGUCCGGCUGGACGGACACUACUUCAGCGACAAGGAUGCAGUCACAUCGCUGGCCUAUUGCCCGGGGAAAGCGGUGCUGGCCGCCGGCACCAGUCUGGGCAAGGUGGCCUUCUACAAGUACUUUCGCGUGGAGAAGGACGAGGAGCACAACUGGCACGUGCAGUAUGUGGCGACCGUCAGCGGACCGGCCAAAAUGUGCAAAUGGGGCAGCACCAAGAACCUGCUAGCCGUGAACACGGUGAAGGACGUGGUGAUCCUGCGGGAGCACCAGAUGUGCACCCACUUCAACGACAUGGUCUCGGCUGUGCAGGUCUCCCCCACACAGGUCUCGAUUGACAUAUUCACCAACAAGCAGCACAUGGAACUGAAGUCGGACAUCCAGAUUCAGGGCACGUUUGUGACCGUGGACCAGGUGGUCAUUUGGAGCGGCCGACGGGUGGUGGUGUACGAAUUCUCGCCCGAUGCCCAGCAUGCCAGAGUGGUUGGCUCGUUCGAGUCUACCUGUGAGAUGGCAGCUCUGUACGAGAACAACCUGUACCUGGCCGACAAGGGCGACCUGGUCGUCGCCAAUUUCCAGGGAGCGGUGAAGCAGAAGGUGGACUUUACGGACCGCGAGGGCGAGGCCAUGUACAUUGACAUCAACGGCAGCUUCAUGGUGGUCGGCUCGGUCAACGGCGCCCUCAAGCUGUUCGACCUCUCCAGACGGGAGCUGCGGAGCGCGGCAAACCCAAAGUUUAUCACGGACAGCGCCACCGACUUCGGUGAGCUGAUCCAGUGCCGGGUCAACUGUAAGGGCACCAAAGUCAGCUGCCUGGUGGCCCAGUCGUCGCUGCUGCCGGACCCGAAGGUGUACAUCUGGGACGUGGACACCGACUCGGUCAGCUACUUCAACUUCAGCUCGGGCCGAGAGGACGAGGAUGACCAGAGGGUGCCUCCCAACUCGGCCACUAGCAACGACUCGCGCGAACUUACCGUCAUGGAGAGGACCAAGCUGGAGUCGUCGCGCAGCGUGUGCGGUCGGUUCGUGGUGAACCACUUCUGGGAGCCGAGCGAUCCGCGCCUGUUCGUCUGUGAGGCCAAACUGCUGCCAGACACCACCAAGCCGCCCAUCUCGUCCACGCUACUGCUGAAUAAAACCUCCAGCAGCCAGGUCCGCAUGCAGAGCGAGCUGAUAAUCGUCUCGAUGUUCAGCACUGCCGAGAGCGGGGUGGUGGUCCAGGACUGGCUGCCGCUCUCCGAACAGCACAGUCACGUGGUCGGUGUCGCCGUACCCUACUUCUACCUGCUGCUGAAGCUGGAUUCGCUCAUCCUCGACGCUGACAAGGAAACCGGCUCGUCGCUCUACCUGACCGCCAAACGGCCGUCGCAGAUCUCCACCCACGUCAUGCGAGACUUCCAGGGCCUCGAGUCGGCAGAUAAGACCACCAAACAGGCGAUGAUGGAGUUCAGCUACCACCUGAGCGUGGGGAAUAUGGAUGAGGCGUUCAAAGCCAUCAAAACCAUCAAAAGCCAACAGGUGUGGGAGAACAUGGCCCGCAUGUGCGUCAAGUCCAAGCGGCUGGACGUAGCCUCCGUGUGCCUGGGCAACAUGGGCUUCGCGCGCGGCUCGCGCAUGCUGAAGAUGGCCCUGUCGGAGCCGGAGCUGGACGCCCGGGUGGCCAUGCUGGCCAUCGUGCUGGACAUGAAGGACGAGGCGGCGCACCUGUACCAGCGCUGCGGUCGCUGGGACCUGCUGAACCGUCUGUACCAGGACACGGGGGAGAUGGAGAAGGCCAUCGAACUGGCGCGCACCAAGGACCGCAUACACCUCAGACACACCUUCUACCGCUGCGCCAAGACGCUCGAGGCGCGCGGCGAGCUGCAGGACGCUGUGCCGUUCUACGAGCAGUCGGAGACACACCGGUUCGAGGUGCCCCGGAUGCUGUUUGACGACACCCUGGCCCUGGAGCAGUACGCCACGCAGACCAAGGACAAAGGCGUGAAGCGCUGGUGGGCGCAGUACAUGGAAUCCACCGGUGACAUGGAGACUGCGCUCGAGUACUACGAGGCUGCAGAGGACUACCUGUCUCUGGCGCGGGUCUACUGCUACCUCAACGAUCUGGAGAAGGCCGCCAAACUGGCCAACGAUACCGGAGAUAAGGCCGCGUGCUACCACCUGGCGCGGCAAUACGAGAACUCGGACAACAUCAAAGAGGCCAUCCACUUCUUCUCCCGCGCGCAGGCGUACGGCAACGCCAUUCGUCUCUGCAAGGAGAACCAGUUCGAGGACCAGAUGCUGAACCUGGCUCUGAUGGCCGGGCCUCGCGAGCAGCUCGAUGCGGCCCGCUACUUCGAGUCGCUCGGCAAGGGAGGCAUCGAGCGCGCCAUCAUGCUCUACCACAAGGCCGGACUGCUCACCAAGGCCACUGACCUCGCCUUCAAGCACCAGCAGUUUAACGCGCUGCAGAUGAUCGCGCUGGACCUGACCUCCGAGUGCGACCCGGCGCUGCUCUCAAAGUGCGCUGCCUUCUUCAUCGACAACGGGCAGUUCGACAAGGCCGUCGACAUGUUCGCCAUCUCCAAAAAGUAUGUGGAGGCUCUGGACCUGUGCGUUCAACACAACAUCCCCAUCACUGAGGAGGUGGCCGAGCGACUCACCAUACCCAAAGACGAGGGCACCGCCGAGGAGCGUCGCAAGGUGUUACUGAAGGUGGCAGAGUGCGCCUACGCCCAGAACAACUAUCACCUGGCCACCAAAAAGUACACCGAGGCAGGCGACAAGGUGAACGCCAUGAAGUCGCUGAUGAAGUCUGGAGACACCAAGCGGAUCAUGUACUUUGCGCAGACCUCCCGUGAACGGGACAUUUACAUCAUGGCCGCCAACUACCUGCAGUCGACCGAGUGGCAGAAGAGUCCCGAGAUCAUGAAAUCUAUCACCACCUUCUACACAAAAGCCAAGGCGCACGACCUGCUGGCAGGGUUCUACGACGCAUGCGCUCAGGCCGAAAUAGACGAAUACAAGGACUACGAUAAGGCGCUAAGCGCGCUCUCAGAGGCGUACCGCAGUUUCAGUAAGGCGCAGCAGGGCAACACUGCAGAACUGGACGGUCGCGUCUCCAAUCUCCGGGAGAAAAUCGAGCUCGUGAAGAAGUUUGUGCAGAUACGCAGCCAGUUCCAGGUCAGCCCCGACGAGGCAAUGCUGGCGGCGCGCGACUUUGCCAACGAGCUGCGUAAUGACGAGGCGGUGCGGCGUGCCGAUCUUUACGCUCUUAUUGUGGAGUACCUAGCCCGGUCGCAGAAGUACGAGAUGGCCUACAAGGCCAUAGAACAGAUGAAACAGAGAUGCCCCGGCGCUCAGAUCGGUCACCACAUCAGCGAGCCAGUGCUCCUGGCCAUCAGUCAGGCCGUCGGUGUACAGAUCAACCGCCAGUCCCGCGGCAACCUGCGAGGGGGAUUCGACGCCAACAUGGAGCUAUCGGAUAACGAGUAGAGCUACCGCCGUCCGGCUGGUCAGUAAAGAUGGGAGUCGGUUUGGCUUGUAACUGAUUGCAUUGAUCUCAAGACGACAAUAGUCUCUUGAUAUAUUUAGCGCAACAGAGCGUUCAGAUUAACCAUCACUAACGAUUCCGUCCAUCGUUCCGUCCCCGACGUAUUUUUGAUCUCGCUGGUGAUCUUUGUGUGGUUACUCAGUGGUGCCGCGGUUACUGGUGAUUGCACACGCGUCCAACGAUCUCAAUUUAUUCGGUCUACGAAGUGCGACAGACCGGCCUUUGAAGCUGUGUUCACGGCGUUCUGUCACGUGUCACGUGAGACGGAAGAAGUGUCGCCGUGUAUUUGCAGCGCCCGGUCGAUGUGAAGAGUCCCGGUCGCCUGCCUUCAUAUUGCACAACCGUCCCAUUGGCUGUUUACCAACACAGGUGUCGUUGUUAUAUCGUUAAUCUAGUCACAAUGUUUAAUUGACGCUCUCUAUAGCUGUGUUCUGAUCUCAUUUCCGUUAUCACUGAAUAUGUGCACUCUUGUGAUAUUCAGUCAUAGCUGGGCUAGUCACGUGUGAAGUUAUGUUUCUCGUUCACUAUCGUUGUGAUUUAACUCUAGUCACAAACCGCGCCGCCAGUGGGCUCUGACGGCGAUCACCGUUCGCCCUCUGGCGCCGGCUUGGUUCUCUUGGAGGCGCUUAUGGCGAGAGCACGUCGGCUAUCAUUGUGGAACCGUCCGUCCUUUGGCAGUGAUACAGCAGCUUCGCUCUCAACGGAAGCAAUACACACGGCUGGAGUGGCACAGCG